AUGGUUCGCACACCAUCCAUCUCAACGUCUUCGAGCGAGAGAGACAAGGAAAAGGCCACUCAAACGCUCUCGUCCGCCUUUGCAGCCAUGAUGGCAGUCGGUGCUCCACAUCAAAGUCAGCUCAAGAUCGACGACGGCGCCUCGGUCGAUUCGGCCCCAAGUCGUUCCGCUGCUUCGUCGUCCUCUUCGUUGAAACAAGAUGAUGAGCGUUCAAAGCGAGGGCUCAGACGUCUUAGUGCAUUUGGUCGCUCCGGCCGCAGCUUGUCUCCGUUUCGGUUUGGCUCCAGAAAACGCUCGUCCUCGGCAAAUCGCCUCAAAAUCAAUGGCGAGGAUGACACAGGUUCGGAGAGCGGCAACAGAAGUGAGCGCGACAAGGACAGCGAUACCGAGUCUGUAAUGAGUUCCGCCUCAGGCAUCGUGCCACGUAACAGUGCUUUCUUCCCUGCAGACGACGACGACGAUCUUGAUGCUUCGAUUCCUCACUCACAUCGCCGCCAACAGCCAUCCUUGCUCAAUGCGCCGGAGACGCAACUCCCCAAGUCUGGCUCUUCAACUAGCAUUGCAUCAUCCGCAAAUCUUAACGACGAUCCGCAUGGAGUAGAGGCCGACGUAGAGUCGGACGAUGGCUCGAUCGGAUCAGACAAUGACGUCAAGCAUCUGUCCUCCAACACAGCCGACCAAGAUGAAGACGAAGACGAGGAUCUCGACGACAUGGAUUCCGUCGUUCUUGACAACACGCUCUAUAACGCCGAAUGUCUCACUUCUCAUGAACACUGGAACGGUCAUAAAUCUGAAGACGGCCAUCACCACUUUGAGACGUAUGAGGACGAAGACCUGGAGAGAGACGACGAACACAUCACCGCACCAAACGUCGUACUGAGCGAGGACCAGGUCUCUACGUUUAUUCAGCGUCGCGGCUCGAAAAUGCUAUCGCUCACUAUCUCGAGGCCACGCUUUGAGCGCAACCGCUGCACGAUCACGAUCAAUCAUGGCGACGCUGAAAGUGCCGCAAAGAACAGCAAGCGUCCCAAGCGCUACGUCGUGGCGAGCGAUGGAUCCGAAGAAUCUUCCUACGCUGCAGAGUGGACGAUUGGCACCGUGUUGAGGGACGGCGAUGAAAUGCUCGUGGUCUCGGUCAUGGAGACCGACACCAAGCUCGACGCUCUCGAUCCCAAGCACGAGGAGGUCUCGGCUAGAAUGGAACACCAACGCAUCCGCCAAGCCAUGGCCUCGGUGCUCGCCAAACAGGCCACACACCUGCUGGAGCGCACCAGGCUCGAGGUAAAGAUCUCGUGUCAAGCGAUUCAUGCCAAGAAUGCACGACACAUGCUUCUUGAUCUCAUCGACUUUUACGAGCCUACGAUGGUGGUCGUAGGCUCAAGAGGCCUUGGAUCGUUGAGAGGCAUCUUGCUCGGUUCAACGUCGCACUACCUUGUACAAAAAUCGUCUGCUCCCGUCAUGGUUGCGCGUAAGCGACUCAAGCUGCCAGCACUGCCGCGUGGCAAAGGCGAUGUGGUCGAAUCGGUGCGCGCUCGACACAUGCGUCUGGACCAAGCUUCGAUCGAAAAGGUGUCGAAUGCCAGUGAAGAUGCACUCUCUGGAUCCAUCGACGACAAAGACAAGGCUGUCAACGAGGAGGAAAGCACGCCCGAGAACGAAGCUGAGCGUGACGAAAAUAUGGACAAACCUGCGACGGAUACCGCUGCUGCUGCGGUGGCAGCAGCAGCCAAAGACGCAGAACCAGCAUCACCGCUUCGAAGCACACGAGCCGAAGAAACGAGUUCGGGCGGUUCGAAAUCGCACGUCACUAGCGAUGGCAGUCCCAAGUUGCAACGCAAAGCAUCCAAGACGGGCGCCACCGUCAUCCCGCACACCUCGCUGGAACGAGAAGCAGAGACGCGCAGCCAGAUCCAGCAACGCAAAGAGGAAGCUGCCAAGCUGCACAAAGACGAAAAGAAGAGGCAUCUAUUCGGUCACCAUUCCGACCAUCUCAAGACGUCCAAGUCCGGGCACAGCGACGACGAUACUGAACCUACCGAUGACGAUGCCCAGCCAAAGCCGCAGCCAUAG